CAGGGCGUUUGUCCAACCACUCAGAAGCAGCAGCGCGUGCAGGUGUGGCAGCGAUGUCAACCCGGAAGUGAGUUGUUGUCAGCAGAGAGGGACGCGGCAGCCGUUGAGUCGUACACUCCGCGCUCCUCUGUCAGAAACAAUGCCUGGAAGCUGCAACCCUCAAAGAUUUGGCUACUCGGUCAUGAAGUUCAUCUUGUUCUCCUACGCCUGCGUGUUUUGGCUUAUAGGGACAUUUAUCCUGGCCAUUGGCAUCUAUGCAGAGGUGGAGCGACUGCGUUUUAAGACCCUGGAUGGUUUGUUUUUGGCCCCGUCUAUAAUCCUCAUCCUGUUGGGAAUUGUGAUGUUCAUCGUUUCCUUCAUUGGAGUUUUGGGCUCACUGAGGGAUAACCUGAAACUUCUGAAUGUGUUCAUGUUCACCCUGCUAAUUUGCCUGAUCCUGGAGUUGCUGGGAGGAAUAUUGGGACUGGCGUUUCGCAAUCAGACUCUUGACUUGGUGAACAAAAACAUCAGUAACGGCAUAAAAAACUACUACGAUGACCUAGACUUCAAAAACAUCUUGGACUUCGUCCAGAAGAGGUUUCAGUGUUGCGGCGGUAAAGAUUUUCAAGACUGGCAAGUCAACAUAUACCACCAAUGUCCUGGACGUGGACCGCUGGCCUGUGGAGUCCCAUAUACCUGCUGUGUAACCCAGCCUAAUGCAGUGGUCAACACUAUGUGUGGGCACGACGUCUUGAGUGAAACGCGGCCAGAUGCAUCGAAGGAUAUCUAUGUGAGAGGCUGCACAUAUGCGUUCAUUCACUGGGUGGAGGACAACUAUACAAAGAUGGCUAUUCUGUUGUUGGUUAUCCUCCUGCCUCAGGUAAAUUUGCACAGCGCACGUUUCACCCACAGCUGAUUUUAAUAUUUUCAU